AUCGAAGAUAAGUGUCGCAGUUGUCAUUAGAGCAAGUAAUGAUGUACAAGAAGUAUACCGCGUUGGUGCUAGCGCUGGUGGUCCUGGCGGCGGAGGCUACCACCGCUCCGAGGCAGCUGUUGGCGCCGCUGCUGCUGCAAGCCCAACAGGAGAAAUUCACCGACCUCGGCAUAACGGCGACCGUGAACGACUAUGUCGACGAGACGAUCAGCAUGCUGGUGCCGCACAUCCAGAACUUCGGCCUCGACCCCAUGCAGCUGCCCGACAUCGAGGAGGGCUUUGAAGUGAGAUACCUGCUGAUAACAUACAGCGCGGUGCUAAAGAUCCACGACGGCUACAUGUCGGGGCUGGUGAACGUGCAGCGCUCCGGCGACCAGACCGUGAACUACUUCGCCAAGAUGCUGCGCGUGCGCGUCGAGCUGCAGUUCUCCGACCUUGAAUUCUACUACAACUACCUCUUGAAGGUGAUGAGGAUCGGCCCCACCGGCGGUAUCCGCGGGUCACUCGAUAGUUUCAAGGUCGUCACUGACAUUUUGAUCGAUUUCAACAACGAUGAAAUCCAUCUUCAACAAUUUUCUUUGACUGACAUUGGUCGUCUGCGCGUCCGGCUCACCGGCAACAUUCUAACCGACUGGUUGUUCAACCCCACCAUCGCCGUGUUCGUGCGAAUAUUCGACACCAUCAUUAUGAAGGUCGUGGAAGUGAACAUCCGCAACGCCAUCCACGGCGGCGUCGGAUUCGUCAACUCCAACCUUAAGGAUAUCAUCGAUACGCUAGAGUCCUUCAACUAGACCAUUUGAAUUAGACUAA